AUGACUGCUGAUCACACAACUCCUUACGCAAUUUAUGGAUUUUUUCGUUCUUUUAGAGGCUCGCUGCCUGACGAGCAAGAUUUUGAAGACUUUGUCUCCACUUUGACCAUCACUCCUUUACAUGCUGUAAUUGAGAAUGUUGUUCCAUUUUUUCGUCGUUCGACCGAUCCCGACUUGCUUACAAGGUUUCAAGUGAUGAUACGUCAAUGUGAACAAAAUUCGGCCUUCGAAAGUACUUUUAUGAGGGUCUGUGAUGCUUUGGAUAUGCUUCAGAGGGUUGAAAAAGCUUUGAGAUUUGAUAAACGUUUGAUGGAUGAGUAUUUACGUGCCAUGCAAUUUGAUAAUGCCUCCGCUAGCCAUCAACAAGUGUGGAAUGGUCUGCAAAGAUUUUUGAACGAAGAAUGCGAUCCUCACACGAAACGAAGAAUGGAAAGGGUGUUUGCUGAACAAAAAGCUAGUGAUGAACUUGUUGCUUACUCCCUGAUUGGUGAUGAUGCUUUAUAUAUAGAAAUCCUUGAAACUCUUCAACUAAACAAUCGACAAAAUCUACCGUGGGAUACUGUUAUCGAUAAAAUUCAAAGAAUCACCUCCGAAAAAAAACCUCAAGCUUGGCCAAUGCUUAGCAAAUUUUUGAAUGAUGUACAUAGUGGCCAUGAUGUGUCAACAUAUUCUGUGUGUUGGGAAGAAUAUCUAGACGAUGACAUCGUCGACGAUGAAGAAUAUGAACCAGAGAAUGAUUUCUCCGUAAUUGAGCAAAAGUUCA